AUUCGGCAGCAACCAAAAUUUCAGCAGUGCAGUCUACGCACAGUCAUGCCGACAUAGUACUUUGUUCAUUCCAUGUCUUAAGAGCAUUUUUCAGGAAGGUAAGUGUUAGCUGUUCAAAUUAUUUUCUGUAGUUCCGAAAUCCUGAUGUACGCAAAUGCUUGGAACACCUUGUAAAGACUAGACGGUCUGAUACACGAGCUUCGUUUUUCGUAACGCAUUAUAUUAAUCUUACUCAAAAGUACGAACAUCUGAGGAUCCAUUUCCCACGGGCGUAUGAUUACAUCAAAGAUUACUGGAUUGCCCGGAAGUCAAUGUGGGCCCGUUGUUACCGGCGACAUGUAUUAAGCCUGGGUAACCACACGAACAACCGUGUCGAAAGUGCUCAUAAACAUCUAAAAGAAUGUCUUAGAAGAGGUGAUUCUCUGCUAUUGACGCUCUGGAAAAUUUAGAGCAAAACAGAUACUGACCUACGUUUGCGUCCAUAUGACGCUGUGAAGGAUCUUCAACGUUUUCCAAUUGUUGAGGUUCCUAUGUCAUUUCGAACUCUUUUAAAUGAGUUCACAUCUUUUGCAGCUAAAAUUGUAGCUGUAAAUUAUAAACGUGUUAGGUCAAUGAGACACAAAUGUAUAGCAGGGGAAUACAUCCGGUGCUACGACAAGGGUAUGAUGUAUGUUGUUGGUACUUCACGUGCACCAUGUGCUUGUGAGCGUUUCAAUGACUACAUGCUGCCCUGUGGUCAUAUUCUGUAUGCACAUUCUAAAGAUCUAAUAAUUGGAGACUUAUUUCGACAUAGCAGCCGGUGGACAAGGAAAUAUAUAAUGGACUUGGUUCUUCGUGCGAUGGACAACAUGUCAAUCUCUACCGGGAGUGAUGAUCUGCUAGAGAAGUUCACUAACAACUACCACUCAAUCCAUGCUCUUAGUGAACCCUUGGCAAGUAAACUCAUCCGUUCAUGCUUCGAAGCAUCUGAAGACAUAUGCGCACAAGUGAUGAGUUCAAUCGGUGCUAAUGAUGAAGCUACAUCGUCAGAAUCCAUUGUUAACACUGACCAUAGCUAUGCAUCUUGAUGACAAGAAGUUCUAAUAUUGUAAUCUUUUUAGUUUUACAUAAAUUUAUUUAU